AUGUAUAAUUGUGCUCAAGUAGUUGAUAACCAUUUGAUUUUCCAGAAACAAUUAACUCCCAAUCAAGUUAAUCAACUCGAUAUUGUUCAAUCGACAGACGUUUUCAAUUCAUUGCCAUUAAAUGAAGGUGGAUACAAAUUGGGUGAAGGUGCUUAUGGAAUUGUUUAUUUGGGCCGAGAUAAACCGAUCGCAAUUAAAUGUGUUCGAGAUGAAUAUGGUAAACAAUUUAUUCGUGAAUUAGAUGUUCUAACUCGAUUUAGUCACGAAAAUCUAUUAGCUUUACUUGGAAUCGCUUGUGAGGGUAAUAAUUUAUGCCUCUUUUAUGAAUAUAUGGUCAAUGGUUCACUUGGCGAUCGAUUGAUUUGUCUAAAUAAUACCGAACCGAUUCCCUGGACAAUUAGGAAACAAAUCGCAAUUGGAUCGGCUCGUGGUCUUAAUCAUCUUCACGCUAAUUCAUUUAUCCAUCGAGAUAUAAAAAGUGCUAAUAUUUUAUUAGAUUACAAUUGGAAUCCAGGAAUUGGACAGACCAACUAUUGCAUUGAUUUUAAAUCAUCUCAAUCAAUUGUGAUGAUCAAUAGAAAGUCAAUAUUUUAUAUUACUUUGAUCACCACAAGAGGACAACCAACAACAUUUAACAAAUUGUGUGUUGAUAUAGAGGAAGUUGAUUGUUGCUUAUUAGCGACCUGUGAACGAAUGAAUAUCAAUCGGAUCGGCUUCAGUCUCGGUGGUAUUUGUACCUUAGAUUCAAAGACUUUCCUAUUGUAUCUCCUCGAAAACGCUGGACUGAUGCUAAUGUUCAUGGACAUUUACGCGUUUGGUAUUGUCUUGUUAGAACUCGUAACGGGAUUAAGUCCAUUCGAUGAGAUAUAGAGAGCAUAUAUAGAGUCACUUGCACGUUGAACCAAAGUGAUGGACAAAUUAUGAUGACCAGGUAAACAUGAAGUGAACCUCCGAAAUCGAGUGAACCGGGUUAAGGGCAAAUUCAACAUUAUAAAUAAAAUGAACAAAUUAAAAUGAGAGCAAAAGUAUAAUCAAAGUGUAAAGAUUUAAUUACUAAAUUUCAUAUUAGAAACAUAAGCCUUUUCUUAACUUCUCAGAGAUGAAACUCUAAUCUACAUAAAUUUCCAUCAAAAUUUUCAACUCGAUCUGAAUCUUGAUGGCAAACAUCUACUUCGACAUACACAACCUU